AUGGAUGUUUCUGAGGUUGAAGAAAGUUUCUUUGCAGCAAGUGAUGCCAAGUUACAUGGAGAAAUGUGCAGACGUCUAUCUGCGAUAUAUUGUAAAAUAUUGUCCCUUUUUCCGGCCUUAGAGGCAGCUAAGCCUAGGAGCAAAUCUGGAAUUCAGGCAUUAUGUUCAUUACAUGUAGCUUUAGAGAAGGCGAAGAAUGUACUUCAGCAUUGCUCGGAGUCUAGUAAACUUUACUUGGCUAUAACUGGGGAUUCUGUUCUUGUAAAAUUUGAGAAGGCCAAGUGUGCUCUUGUAGAUAGUCUUAAGCUAGUGGAAGAUAUUGUUUCCCAAGCCAUUGGCUGUCAGAUUGAUGAAAUUGUAAACGAAAUUGCUGGUAUAGUGUUUGCGCUUGAUCCAUCAGAGAAGCAAGUUGGGGAUGAUUUAAUUGCAUUGCUCCAGCAGGGUAGAAAGUUUAGCGACUCUAAUAACAGUACUGAACUUGAGUGUUUUCAUAUGGCUGCUACUAGACUUGGAAUCACAUCUUCCAGAGCAGCUCUUACUGAAAGAAGAGCUCUGAAAAAGCUCAUUGAAAGGGCUCGGGCCGAGGAAGACAAAAGAAAAGAAUCAAUUAUUGCGUAUCUUCUACACCUUAUGAGGAAAUACUCCAAGUUAUUUAGAAAUGAGUUCUCUGACGAUAAUGAUUCUCAACCUUGUUCUCCCACUGUCCAUAUACCUCUUGAGAAUGUUGUUCCUGGUAGUCAUUGUCAAGCCUUUGAUAGACAAAUAUCAAGACUUGGUUCCUUUAAUAUUAAUCCAAACAAUAAGAAAUCAGGACAGAUGCUCCUUCCACCAGAAGAGUUAAGGUGUCCAAUCUCUCUGCAACUUAUGAGCGAUCCUGUUAUAAUUGCUUCUGGGCAGACUUAUGAAAGAGCUUGUAUAGAAAAAUGGUUCAAUGAUGGUCACAACACCUGUCCAAAGACUCAACAGAAGCUUGCACAUCUUUCUUUGACUCCUAAUUACUGUGUCAAGGGUCUCGUGGCUAGUUGGUGUGAACAGAAUAGAAUUCCUGUUCCCGAAGGCCCUCCAGAAUCUCUUGAUUUUAACUACUGGAGAUUGGCGUUAUCAGAUUCCGAUUCCACAAAUUCUAGAUCCGUAAAUAGUGUCAACUCUUGCAAAUUGAAGGGUGUCAAAGUUGUUCCUCUUGAAGAGAAUGUUAUCUUAGAGCAAACCGAGGGAAAUGUAGCUGAAAGCUUGCCGGCACAAGAAGAGGAAGACAGUGAGAAGUAUCUUAGUUAUGUGAAAGUAUUGACCAAAGGGAACAAUUGGAAGAGAAAGAGUAAAAUAGUAGAGCGGUUAAGGAUUUUGUUGCGGGAUGAUGAGGAAGCUAGGAUUUUUAUGGGGGCUAAUGGAUUUGUUGAAGCACUUUUUCAGUAUCUGCAAUCAGCUGUGCGCGAAGGGAAUGCGGUAGCUCAAGAAAAUGGAGCUAUGGCUCUGUUCAACCUGGCCGUGAAUAACAACAGAAACAAGGAACUUAUGAUAUCAGCAGGAAUCAUAUCGUUGUUGGAGGAAAUGAUUUCAAACACCAGUUCGUACGGUUGUGCAACCGCACUUUAUUUGAACCUUUCUUGCCUUGAAGAAGCCAAGCAAAUGAUUGGCACGUGUCAGGCCGUGCAGUUCCUUAUCCAGAUGCUUCAAACUAAAACGGAAGUCCAGUGCAAGCUAGAUGCCCUCCAUGCACUCUUUAAUAUUUCUACCGUACCCUCAAAUAUUCCAAACCUUCUUUCAUCUGGCAUCAUCAAUGGCCUACAAUCUAUUCUUGUAGGCCAGACCGAUUGCACGUGGACAGAAAAAUGCAUAGCUGUUUUGGUUAAUUUGGCCAUUUCUCAAGCUGGAAGAGAGGAAAUGAUCUUGAAUCCUGAACUCAUAAGCACAUUGGCUUCUAUACUUGAUACCGGUGAAUCCCUUGAGCAGGAACAAGCUGUGUCUUGUCUUCUAAUAUUAUGCAACAGGAGUGAGAAAUGUUGUGAGAUGGUCUUGCAAGAAGGCGCUAUACCUGCAUUGGUUUCAAUAUCGGUAAAUGGAACCUCAAGAGGAAGAGAGAAAUCUCAGAAACUCUUGAUGCUCUUCCGAGAGCAGCGACAGCGAGAUCAUUCACCUGCUGAGACUCAACUCUGCUCACCUGAAGUUGGUGAUUUGUCCAUGCCUCCUCAAGAAGCGAAACCGCUAUGUAAAUCAAUAUCUAGAAGAAAAGUUGGGAAAGCUUUAAGUUUUCUAUGGAAAAGCAAGAGCUAUUCUGUAUACCAGUGUUAG